AUGGCCUGUGAUAUAACAUUCCUCUGCAGAAUUGUUUCCCCCUCUUCCAGAUGUGUGUCGGCCAGUGCUUCCGUGACCCAGCAGCUGCUGGCUGGCCCCGCCCCCCGCCCCAGGCCGUACCGCGUUAACAACCGUGAGCGGACGCUGCGGAAAGGCAUCAUGGCAGAGAAUUUGGACGACCUGCUUGAGAAAUGUAAACCGUCUAUAUGGCCUUCUUGCUCCCUAACCCGCUCUCUCUCUUUCUCUCUCUCCCCGAUUUCUCCUGGUUUUCCCAGGGAAGCUCUCCGCUGGACCCUCUUCACCAUGCAAACCACGGGUCACAUCCUGCUGGGCACUUCCUGUUACAUGCAGCAGUUGCUGGACACUCCAGAAGGACAGAAGGAAGAAGCAUUGCCCUCGCUGUUCCUUCCUUCUAUCCCUCUCCCCUCCUCUCUCACCCGGAGAAUGUUGCAAUGAAUGUCGGAUGCGCGUGUCUAAAGGACAGAGAUAUUUUUCUGCUCCCCUGCUGCUACGGACUCCGAAACCCCUGGGACGAUGGACAUCCUACCACACAGGGCACCCACAGAGAUCCCAGAGGGAGCCAAGGGCACAGCCACCCUCAAGACAUUUUGAAACACAGCCACCAAGACAUUUUGACUUUGUAAUCGGAUUUUAGGCCAAUUCACUGGUCACUUUGUAAGUUGUAAUGUGCAUUUUUUCUCCUUGUCCGGCUUUGCAGCCAGAAUUUGUGCUGAAAAACACCACGGUUUUCACCUUUCCUUAUUUAUAUCUAUAUAUAUGUAUAUGUAUUUUUUUUCCCCCAACA